AAGGCAUGUAUUGAGUAAAAAAGCACUUUUUAUUUUAUAUUGUUCACUUGUGUUGCCUUAUUUAAAUUAUUUUGUUGAAGUAUGGGGCAACACCUACAAAACCACCUUACAAACAUUAAGCACAUUACAAAAAAGAGCAAUUAGAAUAGUAAACAAGGUAGGAUAUCAUGAGCAUACUAAUUUACUAUAUUUAAAAUUGCACACUUUAAAGUUUAAAGAUCUCGUUAAACUUAAGACCGCUCAAUUAAUUUAAAAAGCAAUAAAUAAACAGUUGCCUGGAAACAUACAACAGUUAUUUACAGAUAGGGUUGGGGGUUAUAACUUGAGAGGGGAUUUAAAUUUGAGUCAACAUAGGACUCGGACAAAACUCAAAAGUAUGUGUAUUUCGAUUUGUGGGUGCCUUUGUGGAUUGGUCUGAGCAGUUCAAUCAAACAAAGUGUUAAUACGUUGCAAUUUAAAAAAAGGUACAAAAGUUUUAUGCUUGAUAAGUAUAGAAGUGGAGAGGGUGAAUGAUAAAUCAUUAUGGUGGGAAAGGAUGAUUAAUAAUGGUUUUUGUAUAUGCUUUUUUCUUCAUCUUAAUAUUAAGAUAACGCUUUAUUUUCUUGUUCGAUUGUGAAUUGGUUUAGGUAGUUACUGGGGGUAGGUCUUGAUAAGCCUAGGGCUUCUACCUAUCCCUUUUCAAAAGGUUGAUUAUUAUGUUAUUUAUUUUUGUUUAUUUAUAUGGAUAUUUCUUACGAAUUGCUGUAAUUUUUAUUUUUAUUAUUUUAUUAAUUGUUCGAAAUAAAGAUUUAAUUCAUUCAUUCAUUCAUGUGAUGAUGCCGCCGGAAUCGCUGUAAUGAUUUCUUUUACUGUCUAUGGGCGCAACCGUGAUAUCGAGGGGAGGGGCUCUAUACCAUGACGACAACUCCUAACCAAACCGAAAGUGACAGACAGCCAUCGACAUUUAGCUGGACAGGAUUAAGAAUGAAAACUUGAGAAUCACCAGAGUGACAGCAUUUCACACUAUGGAAGAAAAAAAGAAAUCCAGAACAGCAUCUUCGCAACCUAGCUGCAUAUCUAUGAAGAGCACUGACUCCAUGUAUCAACCUCCUGAAUUAAGUGAUGAAUCUGUGACCUUUGACCCCAGGAAGCGGUUUACCACAGCAUCUUCAGAACCCAGCUGCGUAUCUAUGAAGAGCACUGACUCCAUGUAUCAACCUCCUGAAUUAAGUGAUAGACCAGUGGCUUCUGACCCCAGUGUGGAAAGAGAUGCUCAGUCCAAAUGUGGAUUAUCCAGUUUCGCUGACACUGCUGAUCACUAUGAGUUUUCAUCUUUUGAUGCACUUAAGAAGAGACAGAAAACAAACAUGAAGAGCAAGUAUGAGAGCAUAUUUGAGGGAAAUCAAAUACAAACAAAAAAAACCUUCCUGAAGAGCAUUUACACACAGCUCUACAUCAUAGAUGGGGAGAAUGAAAGAGUUAAUGAAGAACAUGAGAUCUUACAGAUAGAGAAAAGUUACACGAUGCUCCAAAAGACUCAAAUCAACUGCAAUGAUAUAUUACAACCACUACCAGGGUAUGAGAAUCAGACAGAAGACAAAGUGAAGACUGUUCUUACUAGCGGCAUUGCCGGCAUUGGAAAAUCAGUCUCUGUGCAAAAGUUCAUUUUGGACUGGGCCGAGGGAAAAGCCAAUCAGGAUGUAGAUCUCAUGUUUGUGCUUUCCUUUCGAGAGCUGAACUUGUUUAAAGAUGACCAAUACAGUCUUUACAAACUUCUGGUGGACUUUCAUCCUGAACUGCAAGAUCUGGACUCAAAGAUUCUUGAGGAGUGUAAAGUUGUAGUUGUCUUAGAUGGUCUGGAUGAAAGCAGAAUUAAAAUGAUGUUUUCAGAAAAUGAGAGUGUUUCUGAUGUGAAUGAGUCUUCAUCAGUGGGUGUGUUGAUGUCUAAUCUCAUCAGAGGAGAGCUGCUUCCCAAUGCUCUCAUCUGGAUCACCUCCAGACCAGCAGCAGCCAGUCAGAUCCCCUCCAAGUACAUCAACCGUCUGACAGAAAUUGAGGGAUUCAAUGACUCUCAAAAGGAGGAAUACUUCAGAAAGAGAAUCAGUGAUGAGCAUCAAGCCAGCAGAAUCAUCUCACACAUUAAAAGAUUAAGAAGCCUCCACAUCAUGUGUCACAUACCUGUCUUCUGCUGGAUCUCAUCCACUGUCCUUCAGAACCUCCUGAAACAAGAUGAGAGUGCAGAAAUCCCUAAAACUCUGACUGAGAUGUACAUCCACUUCCUGCUGACUCAGAUGAACAUGAGGAACCAGAAGUAUGAGGAGAGAUCCAGUGAGAGAAAUCCAGAGGAACUCCUGCAGUCCAACAAAGACAAGAUUGUGAAACUUGCUGGACUUGCUUUCAAGCAGCUGAUGAAGGGCAAUGUGAUGUUCUAUGAGGAGGACCUGAUUGAGAGCGGCAUAGAUGCUAUCGACAUCACAGUGUAUUCUGGGAUUUGCACCGAAAUCUUUAAGGAGGAAUCUGUGAUUCAUCAAAGGAAAAUCUACUGCUUUAUACAUCUGAGCUUUCAGGAGUUUCUCGCUGCGUUUCAUGUUUUCUACAGCUUUAUAAAUGACACUCCAGAUGCAAUGAAAGUGUUUGAUUUGCUCCCAAAUUUCCAUAAAGGAGCGAUAGAUGUGGCUCUUCGGAGUGAGAAUGGACACCUGGAUCUUUUCCUGCGGUUCCUGCUGGGGAUCUCACUGGAGUCCAAUCAGAGACUCCUACAGGGUCUGCUGACACACACCGAGAAGAGCUCUGAGAGCAUCAGGACAACCGCAGCUUACAUUAAAGACAAAAUCAAACAGGAACAGGGUCUCUCGGCUGACAGGUCCAUCAACCUUCUUCUCUGUCUGCUGGAGAUGAAUGAUCAGACUCUGGUUAGAGAGAUUCUGGAGUUUAUGAAAUCAGAUGAAGACACACAGAAUAAACUCUCUCCGUCUCACUGCUCAGCGAUCGCCUACAUGCUCCAGAUGUCAGACCAAGCUCUGGAGGAGCUGGACCUCAUGAAAUACAACACAUCAGAUGAGGGCAGAAGGAGACUGGUACCAGCUGUGAUGAACUGCAGAAAAGCAAAAUUCAACGGAUGUAAUCUUACAGUUCAGUGCUAUAAAAUUGUGACAUCAGCUCUACAAUUAACCAAUUCACUCCUGAUAGAGCUGGACCUGAGUAACAAUGACCUGCAGGACGCUGGUGUGGAGCUCAUCUGUGCCAGACUGAAGAGUCCAAACUGUCGGCUGGAGAUACUGAGGUUAUCUGGCUGUAUGGUGACAGAGGAAGGCUGUUGUCAUCUGGUUUCUGCUCUCGAUUCAGACACUUCACACUUAAGAGAGCUGGAUCUGAGCUACAAUCACCCAGGAGAAGCAGGAGUCGAGAUGUUUUCUGCUUUGUUAGAAAAUCCAGAUCGCAAACUGGAAAAACUCAACUCAGACCAGUGUGGGGAAUCCAGGAUCAAACCAGGACUACAAAAAUAUUUCUGUAAACUCACGCUGGACCCAAACACGGCAAACUCUCAUCUCGCUCUGUGUGAGGGUGAAAGAAUGGCAAUGCGUGGGGAAGAAGAGCAGCCAUAUCCUGAUCAUCCAGACAGAUUUGAGCACCAGGAGCAGGUUUUGUGUAGAGAAACUCUGUCUGAACGCUCUUACUGGGAGCUUGAAUGGAGCGGGGGGGCUUAUGCUGCAGUGACGUAUAAAGGAAUCAGAAAUAAAGGAGGAAGUGACCGUAGAUUAGGGUGGAAUGAUAGGUCCUGGAGUCUUUUCUGUACCCCUGAUAGAUUCAGUGCUUGGCACAAUAAUAAGAACAGAGACAUACAUGUCAAGUCAGACCCUUAUUUCAGGAGAGUAGGUGUGUAUGUGGACAGGGCAGCCGGCACUCUGUCCUUCUACGGUGUCUCCGACACACACACGCUCACACACAUACACACGUUCAACACCACGUUUACUGAACCUCUCUAUGCUGGGUUUGCAGUUUAUGGUUCAGUGCUUCUGUUAGGGUGAACCGCCUCCUGUUAUUUACAGUACAGGCAGUCUGUUUUCAUCUAGACUACACUCGCUUUAACUGCAGCACUGCUUUAUAGUGUGAUGCCAGCUCCCAUGCCUGUGUCAAACUUAACCAGGGACCAGAUUGAACUCCUAUGAGCAAUUCUUGAAACCUUUUGAAGACGAACCCAAAUGUGCUCUUUUUUUUAAGAAAUUUUUUUAGGAACAUCUCAUAUUUCACUUUUAAAAAGAAAAUGACAGUCUUCGGCAAUAUCUGAUUGAAUAAAUUCUUGCUGAACUCUCACUCUCACUGAUCGUCUUAAUGAACAAUACUCCAAAAGCCGUCUCUUGGAGCUACCUGCAGAUUACCAUAGUUAUUAUAAGCAUGCACACUAUUUUCUGAAUACAGCUAAAAAAACACUAAUCCUGUAGUGUGAGACCUGCUUUACUAGAUGAGAUCCAUUUACUCGCUGCUAAAAUUCAUCAGGCAAACACUAAACAGCGCUGCGAGAUCCAGUGUGAAACACUUGAAUUCAGCAACGCAAAUGACUUUGUGAUUUAAACUUAAAGCCCUGACAAACAGGAGAAACACUAUGCAACGAUACAGUCCGAAGGCCUUCAUCAUUUGCCAUAAUAUACCAUGGAUUUACUGUAGUAACACUAACUGCUCCAUGAUAUUGUGGCAGAAAUGUAGAAUAUUCAUAUCAAAUUUUAUUACAUUAUUACUGUUGACUUAAAGUAUUAUAGAAGUAAUGGAAUAU